CCGAACCAGCGCACGGGCUGCCAAGCCACAAGCUCCGACAGCCAACGAGAAUGCGGUAGCGGCAGCCCACUUCGUCAACAGACAAUCUUUCGCCGCCACACGUCUCCGCGCAAACCCCCCGCGCUCCCCGCCAAACAAACAGCGAGCGAUGGUGUAGACGACUGGCUUAUUCACUUCCGCGUACAUACACCACCCGCCAAAUUUGGCCAGCAACUGCCGCCCGCGCGCAUACAAAUUUCCCCCACAGCGACCCAGCGCAGGCGGCCCAGCAACCAUGGAGGGCGCCUUCACGCACAUGGGCAACCACCUGGUGUCCGACUCUGCCGCCACCAUCAACGCCGGCGCCGGCGACGACGAGAGCAUUCUGGACGGCGAUCUUUCCCGCGGCAUCACGGGGUCCCGCCGGCGACGCAUGGACGAUGAAGAGACGGACAUGUACGACGACGACGAUGACAUGGAGAGCUUGGUCAGCAUGCCCGUCGACGGAGCAAACGGCAAGGCAGGCGUCAAGCAGGAGGAAGAGGUGGAGCUUCCGGCACACGCGUGCGCUUAUUGCGGCAUCCACAACGCCGGCAGCGUCGUCAAGUGCCUGGCUUGCAGCAAGUGGUUCUGCAGCGCCCGCGGCAACACGUCCUCGUCGCACAUCAUCAACCAUCUCGUGCGCGCCCGCCACAAGGAGGUGCAGCUGCACCCGCUCUCCUCGCUCGGCGACACCAUCCUCGAGUGCUACAACUGCGGCACCAAGAACGUCUUCUUGCUUGGAUUUAUCCCCGCCAAGUCGGACACUGUUGUCGUUCUGCUGUGCCGCCAGCCAUGUGCCGCCAUGCCUUCGCAGAAAGAUAUGAACUGGGACACUUCGCGUUGGCAGCCGCUGAUCGAGGACCGCUCUUUCCUUCCCUGGCUCGUGCCUCCCCCAACCGAUCAGGAGCAGCUCCGCGCCCGCCAUCUUAGCCCACAGAUGAUCGCCAAGCUGGAGGAGCUCUGGAAGGAUAACGCAUCUGCCACCAUUGCCGAUCUCGAGAAGGGCGCCGGUCAAGAGGAGGUCAUUGCCAAGGUUCUCCUCCGCUACGACGAUGCCUUCCAGUACCAGAACGUUUUUGGGCCGCUUGUGAAAAUCGAGGCCGACUACGACCGCAAGCUGAAGGAGUCGCAGUCACAGGAUGGACUUGUUGUGCGCUGGGACAUGGCCUUGAACAAUAAGCACACUGCUAGCUUCGUCCUGCCCAAGCUUGAGUUGGGUGAUGUUAAGCUCGCUGUAGGCGACGAGAUGCGCCUGAGGUACACCGGAGAGCUCCGUCCGCACUGGGAAGGUGUCGGCUACGUGAUCAAGAUCCCGAAUAACCAGUCGGAUGAAGUCACCAUCGAGCUGCGGACCAAGGGUGACCAUAAAUCUGUACCGACUGAGUGCACACACAACUUCAGCGCCGACUAUGUCUGGAAAGCCACCUCGUUCGACCGCAUGCAGCACGCUAUGAAAACUUUCGCUAUUGAUGAGAUGAGCGUGUCAGGAUACAUCUUCCACCGUCUUCUGGGCCACGAGGUUGCGUCUGCGCCGAUGAAGAUUCAGUUACCUCGCAAGUUUAGCGUUCCAGGACUUCCUGAGCUGAAUGCCAGUCAGAUCAACGCAGUCAAAAGCGUGCUACAGAAGCCUUUGAGCUUGAUCCAAGGUCCUCCCGGUACCGGAAAGACUGUGACUUCCGCGACCAUCAUUUAUCAUUUGUGCAAGAUCAAUGGAGGACCGGUCUUGGUAUGUGCUCCUUCCAACGUUGCCGUGGACCAGCUUUGUGAGCGCAUCCACUUGACAGGGAAGUCGAGGUUGCCUCUGUGGAUGCCUUCCAGGGACGUGAGAAGGACUUCAUUAUCCUUUCCUGCGUUCGUUCCAACGACCAUCAAGGCAUCGGUUUCUUGAGCGACCCUCGCCGUCUUAAUGUGGCUCUAACACGAGCCAAGUACGGUUUGGUCAUUCUUGGCAACCCGAAGGUGCUCUCCAAGCAUCCGCUGUGGCAUUAUCUCCUUCUCC